AUGCAGACUGCGAACUAUUGUUUUUAGGGUGCUAUCGUUGUCACGUACUCAUUUCCAUGCUGAAAUAGUCCGCAGUCAGUGCGUUUACACUGACCGCCGAGCAACUGAACAGCGAAGCAUACGGAGGGCUUUUAGGCACCCCGCAGGUUUGAAAAUCAUUGCCUAACUAAUUUUAAAUAGCGCCAUGUAAUCAGAGGCUUUUUAAACAUUUAGUUGCAUUUCAGUUUUGCAGGCUAUGAUGGCUCCGGAAGAGGAACAGGUGUCCAUGCUAAAGGGCAGAUUUUCUCCCAAGCAUCGACAAGGCCGUCGCUUGCUACUGCUUGUGAUGGUAGUCUUCAUUGUGGUUCUUUUUGUUAUUGGCAUAGUUAUUGGUUACUUUGUUGGAAAAAAUGCAAGCAAAUGUGAAGACAAUCAGAAUCCGAAGCCAACCAGUCGAUUAGAUUUGGUGCGAAUACAUCAGGAUGCUGUCGAGCUGGUCUCCACCGAACAUCUCAAAGAUUUUCUUAAGUAAGUAUUUUAAGUAAAUAUGUUAAUGUAGAGACUGAGCUUGCAAAAACAGCUGUCUCUCCUCGUUGUUUGCCGCCAGUGAUGGCUGUAUUCACAGGCUGUAAAUGUAUGGAAAAUCACGAGCUUUUGCCAUGCCUCAAACCAAUUUCUGCAAUUUAGCCUGCUCUCAGGCUACAGAAGCUACUGAUUUAAUUCAAGUUGUAUUUUAUAGCAACAAUGGUUCUGACAGAGCUGUCCGACUCAACUAACACACGCGAGGACUAAGGUUAAUGUUAAUUUUCUAUUGUCCACUGUCUCUACUGUAAGUACAUUAUUAUUCUGAAUCACUUGCUUGGCUUCACUCCAGUUUAAAUUUGAACAUUUAUUCGCGUCAUUUCUACAAUCUGUCACAGCAUCCCAGAGUUAUUCUCGAUCCUCUGUUUGAAAUAACAGGGAAACAUUUGAACGUCUUAUUCUGGCGAUUGCUCUGAAAAGGUCACUUUUGGCCAGGUUCCAACGCCGCACUUCACAUGAGCCGAAUCGAGUUCGAUCUUCAUAAACCGAGCCAAAUUUAGGCCUGCUGAAUUGAUUCAGACGCCGAUCUUUAAGCUACGGUAAAUUGGGCGACAAAAACGUGUAACUUGUUUUGCAAGAUGGCUGCAAAACGAGUAGUCAGCUACACAGCCGUUUUUAGUGUCGUCACGCAACGCUCCUCGUUAGUGGGGAGGAGCGUUGUGUGACGACACUACAAACCGCUGUGUAGCAGACUACAAAACGAGUUGAAAGACAAAGUUGCGCGACGUACCACCCACGUUCAAACCUGUCUUGCAACUUAAUCAGGGUGUUGCAAUUCAAGUUGCGUGAAUACUGUCUUCUGACAGGAGCCCAUUGCUUCUGACUGAAUAAAAUUACGCAGAAGUGACGUCAUACACAGGAGUUACGUCACCAGUUGCAGAACAAGUUUGCCUUGGACCACUAUAACGCGCAACACGAACAGAUUUUGUUGCAAAAGGCAAAACUACUCUCUACUUUCUGCAGCAAGUUUUCGCAACCUGCAACGACCUGAGUGUUUAAGACAGGUUCGAUUCGUGGGUGGUAAAAUUCCCAACAUCGCUUGGGGACAGGGCUUAUAAAAAGUCAAGUAUGAGCACAAGCCGGAAUUUCUACCGUUGCCGGCCUCAAUUAAUGAUCGGGGUACGGAAUGCAAAUCAGCGAUGCGUGCAGUUUUUCUUUCAAGGCAAAUUUUUUUAUACAGUAUUUUGGUUCUGAUUUAUUGAUAAUUAUCAUUUUAACGCUUUGCGUUUAGCUGCCGUCACGUUUUUUUCCCAAGAAACAAUUAAUUUCAUUGGAUUAAAGGUCAAAAAUCUAUCUUCUCCGUACAGACACUUGUCCCCUCUUUCACAACGUCAAGGAACAAUUUCGUUGAAGGAACCAGCCGCUAAAUCGAGAACCGCUUGCCCGCAAACUUCUGAGUUAAUUAGAAGCAUAGUGCAUUGACGUGAAAUACAAGGAGAGUCAUGAAAAAGAGAACAUGGUUCAUUCCUUUCCAUAAUCCAUAUGGUCUGUUUACGCCGAAGGCGUCUGCACGUGAGCUAAUAACCAAGGGCCUAAAUUUUCAUUCAACUGACGUGUGCAUGUAACCAGUGGUCGGGGAAUGGUGGCAUGAUUUUCAUGAUUCAAGCUGAUUCAGUUUGACGGUACUUUUCGGAGAGGAAAUAAAGAGGAAUUAGUGGGGAAGUUACAUGAAGUCUAUUUGUUCAACUCGAAAAUUUGUCCUUAUUCAUUAUUGCAGUGAUAAACAAUAAACAACAACAAAAACAAGCAAAAAACAUUAUUUCGUUCGAAAACAUAUACUUAUCCGGACAAAGGAAAUCGUUAUUUCCUUGUUCCCCUGCCAAAAAAGGCAUCAUUCCACCAUUCCAAAGACAAAAUUUCUGCUAUUCUUUAAUUAAUCCUCUUCAGGCCUUUGGAUAACUUUAUUGCCUGUACCGGAAUUCAGCUAGGUUCUUUAUAACGUCAAUGAAGGUGUAUUUUUCGGGCGAGUGAGCGCCCAGUUACUUCAUUUUUCCGCCCGCAAAUAAAGGUGCAAACAAAUAGGGUGGACAUAGGGCGAAAGACGACUCACGCGAUAACCCGAACGAAUUAUAAUGCUUCCCUAUACCCAGAAAAUGCCUGUACGGACAGCAGGCUACAAUCGAGGGCACUCAACUUGGGUCACACUCUGGUACCUCCCUUUCACCUUUUUUUCGUUUGGUAAUGUUUUUUCAGUAGAAUCGUCUAAUUUGUGGGACAACAAUGAAACGGAGAGAGAAAAGGACAUCGAGCACAGCAUGUCAACUUAAGUAAUUCAGUUGACCCAAGUUCUAAUGUCACGAAUUGUAGCUUCUUAUUGCGUUCACUAUCUGCGUCAUCUGGCAACAACGUAAAAUGGCCCGUGGGCAAAACGUCUCCUAUUUCCUUUGUAUAGUGAAGGAUGAAUGAGGCCACGCAAGCUACUCUGAGAGUAACCCUAACCCUGCUUAGGAAAAAAAAUUCUUAAGUACAUACCCUGUUUAGGGCAAAGGACAAAUGCUCGCCGUCUUGUUUUUAGGUCAUUUAUUGGCUUUUGCUAUAGCGUAAAUUCACGUUAUAGUGAUUAUUUUUGAAUGCAAUGCUUGGAUUACAAACAAACUUCAUCCUGUUUCGGUAUAUAAUUAGGGCAGACUCGCACAAAAUUAUAUACCCUGUUUAGAACAGACUCGUGCGAAAUUACAUACCCUACUUAGAACAAAGAGGUCAAAAACCAUACCCUGUCCAGCGGCACAUCCCCGUAUAGGCCAUAUAAGGGAGUACCCCCUCCCCCCAACCACAAGAUGGAAUAUCCGGCGAGGACCGGGUGACAUUUGUAGAGCUUGUUUUCAUUCUCGUCGAAGCAAGGCAAGGUAAGAUGUUGACGUUAGAAGAAAAAGGUUCCUCAUACACCUCCAUCACAUCACCAAGGCGGCGUUACUUAAUAAUCGCGUUAGUUGUGGGUUUUCUUGUGAUCACCGCAAUCGGUAUUGUGGCCGGUUACUUCAUCGGACGCGGUUCGGUAAAAAGCUGCAAAGAGGGCCAUCGGGAGCGCGAUGAUGAUAAAAACGGCGGUGGAAAAUCAAACCAGCAACAGCUAGAUGAGUUCCACAAAAAUGCAGUUGAAAUGGUCUCUACUAGGGAACUACGCGAUAAUUUGGAGUAAGUAGAUUAUUUGGAGUAUUUUUUUUGUUGUAAUUUUAUCCACUCCGUUGUUGACAAACCAUGGAACACAGAACAGUAAAAAGAAGCACCGGCAGUUAGAAAGAGAGCUAUUCCGACAGGAAGUUAGUUUUAAAAAUUAUGCUUAAAGAUAAAGUCCGUUCGAUGUAAUGCCUCUUGAAUAAUUUAUUUCCUCUACAUGAGCGAGUUUUAGCCUGUUUCAGACGUUCAGAUUACUAUAUCUGAAUGCUCGAGUUUCAGUCACUGAUAAUCCCUGGGUUUAAAUAGGAGGGUUCUUCCCAAAUGCAUCGUCGACGACAACUAUAAAGGAAUUCCAUUUCCUGCUUUUUGUCAGUUGUAAACAUUAACACAUGAUAACAAAAACCUAUCUACUGUGCAGUAUUCCUAAAUAGCUAAGAAAGAGUCUUACAACUUUUAUAAACUACGUUUUGAAAUUCGACACUCCUUACGUCACAAAGUCUUGAGAGACCCCAGGAGAGAGUCGCCUUUCUCGCGUGGGGUGAUUUUCACGCGCGCUCGCGUUUCGCUCCCUCCACUAUCCACGAGGACAAAUGGGGGGCUACUCGUAGUCUAACAGUUUUGAAGCUGUUUUCUUUUUCAGUAAAGGUAUUUUUAAAGUCUCCCCAAAACACUUUGUCUCGGUGUUUUCCUUACUGGUAAAGUACAUUUUGCCAUUUUGAACAUUGUUAUUAUUUCAUGUUAAAACAAAAAGACGCUAAUAUUUAUUCAUUGUGUUGGGAAUCUGUGUUACACAAUUGAUCCAUUAACGUACUGCUAUUCAAAUAUUAAAAAAUGGCACUUCAAUGCGUCAAAUACAUUUCAUUAUUUUUACCGUUGUAAGUGUUUCAUAUGAAAACAAAAUAAUACUGAUAUAAAUUGUUGGAAAUUUACAUUUUUUUAUAUGGUUGAGAAAAUGUAUACUCUAGAAUCUUAAUCUUCAGGCAAUGUUAUAUGCUACCUUUCCCCCUUACUUUUCCCUGAAAUGUUGUGCAUGUCAUUUUCUCUGCAUGAAUUUUUUUUUUUCGGGACCACCGCUUGCAGGAAUUUCCUUUCAGGGAAGUUUACCUCGCAGAAAUUCUUUUCGAAAUUGCCACCCCACCUCCGGUUAUUUCUAAUGGUUCGGUAAAAUGUUUUGCACGGAUAUUUUCUUAAGUUUUGGGUAGUCCAAUUUAUAUCCCUAAAUACGUUUCUUUAUUGACGUUAUCGGGAGGUCAUUUACGCGAAUCUCUUGUUUUUAUAAAUUUGCGUUCACGUUGAGUGUCUUCACUAAAAGCUGGGUGCAAAUACAGUCGAACUGUGGCCCCUUUGGUGUCCGUAUUAACGGAGUUUGACUGUGCCAGUAUAGACAAUUUUUUGCAUAAAAGUGAUACAUAACUGAGAAAGCAUUAUGUGCAAAAAACUUCACUUUGUAAAACACACAAAAUCACUUGAAUAGUGCUUAAAAGUCCAUUCCCCAGGCUAUGAGUGGGAAUAGUUGACUCUGACCUCUUCUGGCAACAGUUACCAUGGUUACAUUUUUUGCCUGCUUUGAGCGAAUGUGCGAGAUUCGUCACACGCGCGAUUCGUAUACAAAUCGUCGCUUCCUGUCUUUGCGGAUAAUGACUCGUUGUUUUUCGCACGCAGGUGCAAAUUGCGAAAUGCAGAUUUCGAACUACUUGUACAGUGAGAAUGGGUGUUGUCAGGAACCGAUUUCAACUCCUACUAUUGUCAUGACAUGCUACUGGAUGAACCACAUUCUUUUAAACCUGCUGACCUCGAGAAUGCACCAUUAUAUUUGACACACAGUAAACCAGAUAAUGGUCAUGCUCCCUUUCGAAUUAAAGGGACUUUAAGGCUGUUCAAUUUAUGUGAGCAGAACCGCAAACUUUCUGAGUGCUUGGUUUUCCUGUGGUCAGGGCGUGGCUGCAUUUGUCAGACGGAACACUUAUUAGGAUAUUAAAGUUGAAAUUUGACAUGAUUAUAAAGCUGAUGAUUGAAGGACGGCUAGAAAAUAUCAAAAGGCAACUAGAAGCUUUGAGGUUUCAUUCUUGUUAAAGUGACUCAAGAUGCACGAGAAAAGCCGCUCCUCGUACAUGUCUCUAAGAUGUGUCUACCUAACAAUCCCCUUGAUUGUGUUGGCUUUUGGAUGCAGUUCGGCCAAAAACUGCAAAGAUGACGGAGACGAUUCUGUUAAUGGUAAUAGAAAAUUAAGUCAGAAACAGCUUGCGAAGUUCCAUAGAAACGCUGUUAGAAUGGCCAAGUUCCACUACGGAACUGCGCGAUAACCUGGAGUAAGUAGAACAUCGUAUUUGCUUUGACAUUUUACUCGUAAAAUUAUGACGCAGGCAAAGUUAAAAAUGACUAGAAAAAAAAAUUGCGGCCUGUGAUGGAACUAUCUCAACAUUAAAAUAGUACUGUCACUGGGUGGCUGUGGUCUGUCAAGACGGUCUGAAUGGGUACCUCGAUAACACUAAUCACUUCAUUUUUUGGCUUUGUAACAUGAAACAGUUAAAUUUUAGGCAUUUGAACACUAACAGUAAAAAAUUCUGUGAAGCAGUAAUUUUUUUCCAGAAAGAAGAGAAAAAGGCUCCGGAAAGGCUAAUAUUGUCUUGUUUAGUAUGCCAAGGCGUUUUCGGCCAUCAUUAUUACGACAAUUUAUUUCCGAAGAUUUCCGAAAAACCCUCCAAACACUAGGCUCAAUUACCAGCCGCUGUUCGGGAAAAUGAGCCCCGAGACCCUAACCCUAACCCUCCCUCUUCGGGAAGGAUCAAAGACCGGACCCGGGGGACGGCGGAAAUCGAGCCUAUCCAAACACUUUACAGUACUUUCUUGGGAAGCAGUAAACAUUUCAAAAUUGGCCAAUUUAACAGAAGACACUAAAAAUUAUGGGCAAAUAACACUAAACAUUAAACCCUAUGUAGACCCUCUGUCCAGCACUUCCAAGUCAACCUUAUGAGGAUCUUUUUUUGACUUUCAUUAUACGUGCCUACUUUGCCGUGACUGACGACAUGUUUCAAGUAUUAUACUUAAAUGACCAAAAUCACCUCUUCACGUAAGCUUUACUGAACUGGCACUAUUCAGCGCAUACAAGAUUCAUAACAUCAAGGUCAUUAGGGGUACAGAGCCAAGUCUCCGUAAUGUUGAAGUGUCCCUAUUAUAGAUUGAUCCUUGAACCCCGUCGGGAACUCCUUUAUUUAGCGUAAAAGAGUAUCUGCUGCUGAACAGGGUAUGGGUUUUUUUUUAGGGUUGUGAGUCUUAAACAGAAUAUACAUCAUGUACAAUUUCACUAUCUAGUGUCUUGAGCAGGGUGUCUUUUUGGUGAGGAAGUCUCUCAAAGAUUGUGAAGGUUGGCGAAAUGAAACGAAUUUUGUCUUAAACAGGGACCUAUUUUAAAGGCCACGGCGGCACACCUCUACCCAAGCGUCCCUUGUUGAGUGCCCCCGGGCGUUAGGCCCAAAAAACUCACCCCAUAUAGAGGUGUCCGUUAGUGAAGUUUGACUCCACUAUAAGAAAAAGAAAGGAAAAGUGUGUAAUAAAGCGAAGCAGAAUAGCUUAAAUGAAAUGAUUGGCGGAAACAUCUAAGUAGCGAAGGCAUUGGAGUUGGAUUGAUGAACAGUCCGAGCGGGUACUGUACUGCCAAGGGCCUUUUCGCUCUAGAAUGUCUGUCGCUAACAAAUCAUCACGAUAUUUAUAGUAAGGUCAGGCUUGUCUGAACAGUCUAACUGAUUCAGUUAACAUUUUUGCCGGGGUAGGGGGUUUUUCGCCCUAGGGUACAAAUCCAACGUUAUAUCGUUCUGCAUUUCGCCCCAUGUAAGGUAACAAAUUCAUUCACGAUAUUUUAUAGAUUCCGGAUUCCACAUCCGUGGAUUCCGGAUUCCAUAAGUGGUCAGAUUUCAAAAUUCUAUUUUCUGGUUUUCAACAGUCAAAAACUUUUUUUACCCGAAGUGUGAUUCUUAUAUAAAAGUUAAAAUAUUUUUGGCCUUCAUGAAUUUUUCCACUGAGUCCACAUCGUUGAAGAAAUACUAACGAGGAAGGGCUAUUCUUAUUUUAAUAAUAACAACGGGGAGGUACACAUUGCCAAAAUCAGUGCUUUUCAGGUUCAAACAUAAUUCGUCUCCGAAUUGUUUAAUUGCCACACAGAAAUGUAAAACUUCAGUUACAGCUUACCAACAAAUAGCGUGAAGAUAGUCCAAUUACUAUACCACAAGCUACGCAGGCUUUCUUUCUAUUCUUUGGCUUUCUUGUCGAGUCGGAUCACGUUUGCAUAUUGGGCCAUCUUACUUUGCAGGGGGAUCAGUCCCUUUGCUGACGUCAACAUUCUUAUUGCUACGUUACCGGUACCGCAUACGAAAACAGUGUUUCGAUAUACGCAUAAAGCAGUAGGCUUGUUCCAUCGACUUUGGACACCAUCACGAUGGCCUGCAGUUUCUCCACACACUUUUGUUAGGGUUUCUUUACCCCCAAGCAUCUCUUCUUCCUUCAAACUGAACAGUGCGUGUUCUUUGCUGGAGGACAAGAACACGGUUCCACCAUCUGUCACUGCAAUACCCAUGAGGCCUGGAAUAUUCGAAAUUGUUCUCAGUUUCAAUCGUCCUCUCACUUGACAAAGAUGAAUACAUGAACCAUUCCCGUCUCCAACUAACAAGUAUUGCUCGUCACGUGUUAAGGCUAAUGAAGUUAAUAAACUAGAUCGAUCAAAACAAAACAAUUCAUUUGACUGGCCGACGCAGUUAGUUUCCUCAUCGUCUACAACACCAGAAAUUGAAAAAAUCUUGCCAAGACCAACGUCUGACACAAACAGUUCAACGCUACCCUUUGCAGACGCACAUAUGGCAAAUGGUGACACCAGAUUCGGUACAUUACCUUCAGAAAUAAGGGAAUGAUCGUGUACAUGGACUUUACGGAUACGUCUACCGGCGCAAUCUUCUUCCUCACUCUGGCUUUCUUCGGCGCUCCCUUGUACAAUCUGGGAAGCGUGACAGAAAAGCGUUCGCAAAUUGACUACUCUAACUCUUCCGUUUCCUUGGUCACAAACGUACAGCUUCCCGCUCUCUUUCACCGCAAUACCAGCUGGAGUUUCUAAAUCUGGCCUUGUUGCCAUAUCCAUUACCUGGGUCACCACCAGCGAUUAAUGUGACAUUUGCUGGACAGUGCAUGUCAACCAUGAAGACUGCAUCCAAUGCCAAAACUCUGCAGAACGUACUGACUUGAUGUUGUGUGGGCAGUCACGAAUAGGGAUCGUUUAUUGCUCUUUUGCUUGGGAUUUCAGUUGAGCAAAUCGUCGUGUUUCCUGUUUUCAUAAAGGCACGCAACCUUUCUGGAUUCAGCUGGCAUUAUUCCAGUAUGCGGCGGUCGGUUUCUUCUGGAGCGAAUUAUUUGAGCUGUUUGAAAUAAUGCUGCAGAAUAUCAACCAAAAAUGGUUUUACAUUCCACUUAGGGACAAUAAAUCGUUUUUUCACUGUCACGCAACAAAAAGUUAAAUUGGAAACCGUCCAGUGGAAGAAACCAAGAAAAUGAAAUGUUAUAAAAGACUAAUAUAUAAACAAUUUGUCCAAGUCUCAGGUCUUUGUGGCCCAUAGUUUCUGAGUUAUUUGGCGAAACGUUUCACGCACCUUUGUAGAGCUUUGUAUGGAGACGCCAUAUUGGUGCACCGUUUUGGUGCACCAAUAUGGCCGCCGGAAAUCAACAAAAACAUCUUUCUUUUCACUCGAGAACUAGCGUACGUACGCAUAAACAUAUCUUCUAACACUUGAAGUGGUUAUAUUGCUGAAUAUCAAGAGGAGAGACUUUUUUUAACGAGACAGCAUUCCUGCUUUGGUGUCACGCACUGUGAAAACUCGAAAGUUCAAAUUGCUGUAUUUUCGAAAUGAAACAUGCUACGGAAAUGGAAACUGGUACAAAGAUUUACUUUUUGUUUAAUUAAUUAAUUAAUUAAUUAAUAAAACCUCGCUAUUUUGACUUUACAAUUUGAUGACGUCACAGUGAAAACCAUCUAUAGAAAACCACAGCAUUAGACAUCGAUAUUUUAGGAUUUCGUCUUGUGAUUCCCCCUAGUUUGGAGGGGGAGCUUUUUUAGCCCCCUCCUCCAGAGCCCCCCCAGAGAGCGUGUUCGCAAACAAAACUCGAAAUAGCGGAAGACGAACUGGGAUUUGCCAAACUCUCCGAAUGGAAGUGGCUAGUCUGUUGGGCAGACUUCCUUAGGGGAGGAACGCUCGACGAAGUUCUAAGGAGGUUUUUUCCUGAUAGCUUUCAUUGACAGUGACCUACAUGUGUCAAUUGCGCUGGAAAAGAAAGAUGGCCCACCUAAUUAAUGUUAAUUUAAAUUGCAGGUACUUCACCAAAGUUCCUCACUUUCCCGGAGACCCAGUGAACCUUGCCUUGGCAAAGCACAUUCAGGAGAAAUGGAAGGAAUAUGGCUUCGACAGCGCUACAUUGAAGAAAUACAUUAUAAUGCUUUCACGUCCCACAAAGCCUGGUGUUGUAGCUUUGUACAACAGCUCUGGGCAGGAGAUUUACCGGUCAGCUCCUCAAGAGACAUUUCUUGUUCCAUCAGAGAACAACAGCAACGUUGUGCCACCUUUUAAUGCGUACUCUCCACCAGGAAGCGUCAAGGUAAAAAAAUAAGAUACUCAAUUUCAAGUCUAAAGAAUUUCAGACCUUUUUCCCUAAGAAAAGUUAACGUUGUAAAAAGUCUGGGGUUGCUAGAAUGGUAGCAGUCCUUUUUCAGACAAAUCAGACUAAUUCUAAUUCUAAUGCUAAUUUUAUAAUCUGCAAAGGUCAUAAGCUCAUCACAGCAGAUGUGACCGCUAGCGGUCUAUAAGAUGGGGUUGUAUCAAGGUAAUCCUCGGUUUUAAUUUAAUGUUGCAUUUUUCAAAAUCGUUGUGAACGUCUACGCUGAGGUAACCUAUUAGAAAAGAACGCCAGAUUAAAGCAUGGAUAAACUAACAAUGACUAGAACUGAAAAAAUCCAUUGAGCAGGACUUCUUGUGGCUGGGCACAUCAAAUCGUUGUCCUUAGGAGCAGGAGUUGCCUUUUCGUUGUGAUUCCUACCGCCCGUUCUCGCUAUUAUUCACUGUCAUGCCUCACAGGCGAGUGAAACGAUCAGCCAGGGAAAAGGAAACCCUUCCCAUCAAAUGAUAAAACGUUUGACAUGUUGGAGGGCAAACAUUUCACUCAGACCUUGUAAAGAAAGGCAAUCAAAAUUUGAACGAAUGACCCAAGCCUUCUUCUUAUUGUUCCAUUAAUUUGCUUGCUCCUCAGCGUGGAAUAUUUCAAAUAUAUGAUACUAGGCUGAAAAGAGCCCACUGAUCCGGGAUUAAAAAAACACUCGCUUUCUCAUUUUGAAAGAUUGAAGCUAUUCUUAUGGCUUAUAGGCAGUUCAAUUUGCCCAUCAAUUUCAUUGGGUUGAUUAACGUAACCACACAGACAUGGGUUUGUUCAUUUUGUUGCUUGUUUUGUCUUUCAGGGGAAACUUCUGUACGCUAAUUAUGGGCGUGAAAAGGACUUUGAAGCUUUGAAGAAGAGUAAUAUUAGCUGCUCUGGAAAAAUCGUGAUCAUGCGAUACGGAAAAAUAGGCCGUGCUACAAAGGUCAGUAGACUGCGAAUACAGGUGGCCUUUUUGCUCUGCCAAGGCCGGAAACGAUGAAAGCCGCUGCAUUUGAAGGAAGCAGAAUUGUAAAAAGGGAUGAUUUUAAAUAACAGCGAAUUCAACAGAGUCAGAGUUUCUGGAUAGCAGCACUAUAUUUCCUUUCUUCUGUCUUCCGAUUUUUCUUUUUCUUCCUUCCUUGUUUCUGAGAGACGAAAGGGCUUAAGGUUAAGGCUAAAACUCAUUAUGCUCAUUAAUAUAGAAAAAAGAAGGUCACUUCUAGAUAACAGUCAAAACUGUUGAUGAGUUUCUUUAAUGUGACACUCGCCAAUUUAACAACUUGUACUUAAUUUUUUCCCGAUUUUAACACAAUCCGGAGCAUAUAUUACAUCAGCUAUGAUUAGGUGUGAUCACGAAAAGAAUGGGCGUCGCCUGCUAGUAUUCACACUUGGUGUGCUUAAGGUUUCUGUAUAUUGUUAUCUUCCAGAGCAAAAGAGCUCAUGCGUUAGGUGCCAUUGGAGCGAUUUAUUAUAUGGAUCCCCAAGAGUACGCGAAGGAAGGUGUCGAUAAGGUUUACCCAGAAUAUAACUGGAUGCCGAGUACUGGUGUACAACGGGGUAAUAUCAAAUCAACCCCGAUACGAGGAGAUCCACAGACUCCUGGCUUUCCAUCUGUCGGUACGAAAAUACUCAUACUUGCAAUUAGUAAGAGGUCUACUUUUUGACUUACUUUGUAUUAGGAAAGGGCAGUUAAAUAUUAUUUUUGCAGAAAAAGGCCAGCCAUUCGAUCGAACGAUUUUACGAAUAAACCGCGUCACUUUCCAACAAAAUGCCUACCUUUUCCUGGAAUGAACAUUGUCUACAUUUUAAACAAAACGUUCUUGUCUAGGAACUGAUCAGACCCGUCAUUUUAACUCAAAAGGACUGUCUCAAACAGCCCAUAGCAACGCAAAUUUAAUCAAUGGUUAAUUAACUCUGGGUUAGUGCCAGCUAACCUUGAAACAACUGGGUUAUGAAUAAAAACGCGGUGCGUUUACGAAACACACGUAUUCAAAAGCAAAGUUUACAUACUAUCUUAAGGUGGCCUAAAUUUGGACCGACUGGUAAAGAAAUCAGUUCUAAUAGCCGACGUUUUGGGCCAGUUUUGAAGUGCGAUAGAUGUCCUUUUUGCUGUGCAUUUUUUUGUGUAGAAAUAAUCUGUUGUGCUAUACCAGUGGAAGAUUAAGAGGGCAAUAUUACCUUAAAUGCAUUAGAAAUUAUCCCAGUCAAACUUGUUAAUAUCAUGGUCAAAGGAAUAAGGACAAGGACUAUUUUUUGAGCCCAGAAAUCUGUUAAAAAGAGAUUCAUUGCCUGUUGUAGAGGGUAUGUAUCGUUUACCUAAAGAAGAAGCCGAGAAGCUGCUUCCUCAGAUCCCAACUCAUCCUAUAUCAUACAAGGAUGCCGAGCCGCUGCUGCGGUAAGUUCUUGAGUAAGGUUUAUGAGUAGUAAGUUGAAGAGCGAUACACGUUACAUCAUACUAGUAUUGUUUGGCCGGUGCCAAGCAUACAACGGCGCUUCAUAAAGCGUGAUUGUCACUAUCCACACAAGCUCAAGCAGAAGAAGGUUUACACUGAAAACCGUUAGUGUAAGGUGACAUACACAGGCAGAUAAUUAUAUGUGGCACUUCCUUUGUUGGCUCCCGGGAAUACAUCUACCAUGGUGGGAAAACAUGUGCCAGUCUCCGGCCGAAAGCAAUCAUCUCUUUGCCUUGGCUUAAGGUGAUGUUACACAGAACGAUUCGCAACGACGAUUUUAGCGCAACACAGCCUUAUAACAAUGUUGCCACGUUGUUUCGAACAGUUGCAGCAUUGUUCCAAUAUUGCAACUCAGUGUUGCGCUCAAAAUCGUCGUUACGAAUUGUCUCGUGUAACAUCAGCUUUACGGUCCUUAGUGUUUAUGCUUGUGUAACUAGUAAGGACAGAGUUUAAAGCUCGCCAGCGGCUGACUUAAAGUAUUUCAUUUGAAUUCAAAACAGCCAGACCUACUUAGCUUCUUUAUCGGCGGGAAUUUCAAGUUUUAGUGAGCGUGCGAUUUGCGGUGCAAACUUGGACCAACAUGUCUCCUUUAUUCGAAAGGUUUCCACAGAGUAGUUGACGAGCCCUGUCUCCUGAUGCAUGCCCUUUAUUCCCUUUAGAUGGAAACCACCGAAAUCAAGUACUUUAAUUUCGCUUUCAACCUGAUAACUAGGCGAACGCAUAAACCAGAAGGCGAAUCUUAAAUAGCACGAGGAAUCACUGUCUCGUUUGGUUGAGCUGCUGAUUUUAGAGGUGCAUAACCUAGUUCCCCGAUCAGUUGCAAUGAGCGAAAAGAAAAGGAUGAACGAGAAAAUUAAUGGCCUGAGACUGAAGAAGAAGAAGAAGAAGAAGAAGAAGAGAUAAAUGAUACCCUCUUUCAUUCCUUGACUAAUUAAUUUUCUUGCUAAUUUUCUUACUUCACACGUUAACAGUGGCCAUCUCAAGUAGUUCUCCUACAAAUGAUUCUCUCCCCUGACGUAUCAUUCAUUUCCGGUCUUCCAGACUGGAAAUUACAGUUACUGAAUUGAGCUUUAUUAAAAUUAUUUUAGAACCUUAGUUGGUAGCCUUCCGGCCGAAGAUUUCCAAGGAGGUCUUAACUUUACUUAUGGUAUCCAGAUGGCUGAUAACGAUACUAGGUGAGGGAAUCGCGAUGGGAAAAACUCCGAAUAACUUUAAUUUUUUGUUUUGACGUUUAUGGUAUGCUGUUGGAUUUCACUUCUUGAGUCAAUUUUUCGAAUAAUCUGCGUUUAUACAUAGCACCAAGCUGAAUGUGGUUACUGAUUGGCUCAUCAGCGUCUUAUCUGCAGCGUUGUGGUUAACAAGACUGUCGUUUUGCCUGAACGCACUCUACUUCACGAGAACGAUGAAUCAGGGGUUGGAAUCGUAGCAGCCCCUUCCAAUGAAGCUAGUCAGGGUUCAAAAAGGAUUUUAUGAAGGAGGGGAGACAGAAGUCUAGGGUAAGGUUGUCACGUCAUCCCAAGAAACCGACGUUUCGUACAGAAGUGAUAAGGAUGUGGCUUAUCAAUAUGGGCGAUCCAGUCUAGCCUCUCUUUAUUUUUUUCAGGACUGACUCGUUAGCGCUAAACGAACGAGGAAGCAAAGUUUAUUCGCUGAUCAUUUUUUCAAUUGUGUUGAUUCCCUCAGAGAGGUCCUGUUGAACGUCAGCAAUGAAAACUAUCCGAAAGAUGUUUACAACGUCGUGGGCGUAAUUAAAGGGUCCACACAUCCAGGUUGGUAUCUGAGAUGCAUGCCGUGAACACCAAUCAUACGCAUGGCUGAUUGCUAAUAUCUCACUGUCAUUUCAAGGUUCAAGUCCUCUCGGUCAUUUCGUGGAAGUAGCCGAGAGGAUCGUUACAAAUUCGCUCUAACCACGUGGUCCAAGGCCUUAAAACCAUUUCGGCUUAGGGACUAGGCAAAUUCGUUCAGAUGACAUUACGCUUGGGACCUUUGAGCUUGACACGUAAUGGCCAAAGCCCUAGGGGGUAAUAGCAAACAUUCUGGAGAACUGGUUAAAGGAAAGGAAAUGAUUCUCCAUAUGAACGCAUUACAAGUUUACCAGCUGUUGUUGUUCCCAUUUUUUUAACAAGGCUAUGCUGAUUCUUGAAUCUCUAAGGGCUGUUUACCUUACUGUUGGGUACUCGGGUGAAUAACUAGGUUUCCCUCAUAGUCUUGUUAGACACUAAGGAGUAUGCAACACUCAGUUAUGUUAAAACCAUUUAGGUUUCGAGAGUACGGUAAUGUGAGUCAACUUCUCACUCAACUGCAAUAGUAGUACUCUUGCACAAUUGAUACGUUUAGCUAAUAGUUUCAACAUUGCUUUCCAGACGAGCUGGUGAUGUUAGGGAACCAUCGUGAUGCUUGGGUAUUUGGUGCAGCAGAUGCUUCUAGUGGAACAGCUGCUAUGAUGGAGCUGUCUAGAGUCCUCGGGGAGCAGUUGAAGAAAGGUAUGCCAUGGAGUGGUCAAAGCUAGGAAAAAGAUCAUAUUAUGCUUUUAGCAGCGCUCAUAUUUUUUAGAAAUUAUGCCAAAAUUAUGCUACUUUCAGAAAAUUAUGCUCUCUGUCACCGAAAUUAUGCUUAUAUACUUAGAUUUUACAGUGAAAAUAAAGAUCAUCAGUAGCUUAACUCUAUCAUUUUUGACUUUAAUGAACAUUCGUAUAGUCCACCUUCCAGUCUUACAGUCUUUAGCAUCGCAAAUACGCAUGUGCGCACCUCGAAAAGCCAAAUGAUUAACAAAUGAUACGAAAAUCAACCGUUUCUGAGGUCUGAAUCCGGGUCAGAAAGUUGUAGCCCGCAUUUAACUUUUAACUUCUCUUUGCCUGCGGCAUGUUUUUUGGAAGCCAAGUGGUUUUUGAGAAUGCUCUUUUUAGAGCUCAAUAUCGCCUUACACCCAUUGCAAAACAGUUUUCCACCUCGAAGACACAAAUUUUCCCCUGGGAAUUCUUCGAUUCGAUCACGAGGACUCAUGUUCUUUGGAUCUGUGUUACCUCUUUCCUUGUACUUUCCGGUAUUACUUUUAGGAACACGUUCUUUAGAGAUUAAAGCUCUCGGUACGGCACUGGAAGUGGUGGAAGUGGAUGUGCUCGAGGACGACGUCAUCUUUGAUCGAGGCCUUAGGGGCUGACCCGCUGAGCCAUAAGCGUGGUGGCCUGAGGAGAGUCUCAGUCUCUCAGAUAUGCACAGGGUGACCUCUGUCGCCUGCCGGACUAUAUUUGACCAUGGGCCUUAGCACAGACCUCAAUAUUUUCCAAAAACAAUACAGAAAUAAAGUACAAACUGAAUUAUUCUAGAGCUAUGAUGGGUUUUUUUGUUUUCAACGCAUAAAAGCUCGGAUUAUGCUAGCAGUGCUAAACUAAAAUAAAAGCUUAAAAUAAUGCUCCUUUUGCUGAAUUAUGUUUAAAAUUAUGCCAGCACAAUCUACCAAAGCCUAGUCAAAGCACAAUGCUAACCAAAAACGACUUUAAAAAUAUUACAUUGCGCAUGCUUUACAUUGUCCAGAUGUACGGCACUAUGUCCCAUAGUGAUACAGGAUCUUAGCUAACCAGUCAAUCUAUCUUUAGGAUGGAAGCCAAAGCGCACCAUAGCGUUGUUAAGCUGGGGAGCAGAGGAGCCUCAAUAUAUGGGAUCGGUUGAGUGGAUAGAAGUAAGUACUGUAAAACAAGCAAUUUUAAUUGGACACUUUUCAUUGGACACAAGAUAAGAGCGAAAACCAAACUUAAGCCUUAGUUGACUGCUAUUUGAUUGAUUCAUUGAUUCAUUGACUGACUGACUGACUGACUGAAAGCAACUGCUAAAUAUAGCCCUUCUUUUUUCUCUCUUUAUCUCUAGGAGUAUUCUCGUUUGCUGUCCGCUCGUGGUGUAGCCUAUCUCAAUGUCGAUAUGGCAGUUGACGGUAAGGCUAAGACAAGAAAUAUAAAUUACUCGUUAAGAGAAGUCUUUAACCUCAAUAUUUGCCUAUUAUUUAUUUGAAAAAUGCGAGGUUUUAUUAUCAGUUAAUUGAGCAAAUCGUUUUGCUUUUGGUAUGUUUUUCAAGGAAACUACUCUUUCCGAGCUAAAUCUGCGCCUCUUCUUGACUGGGUACUGGCCAGAGGAACGCAGAAGGUCAGUAAGGAUAUAUUUUCCUCGAUAUUUUUUUUCUGCAAAGCGUGUGCUAAAACCUGCUCAUGUUAGUGGAUUUAAUUGGAAAGAAUCCCUUAACUUUGGACGGCACAACAUUGUUUGUUUUGAUGCUUUCUAAGACAACACAAUUUGGAAUAGGACAGCCACUCUUUAAAACAAAAAUUAUUAACCAUCUCCAAUAUAUUUUUUCUAUCUUUGUUCACAUUUGGUAGGUGCGUAGUCCGUUAGGAAACGAGACCGCUUUUGAAGAAUGGAAAAGGAAAAUCCCAUCAAUAAUGGGUUUCAACUAUUUACCCAGGUAUCAGUGUUGCGAAAAUACUUUUUUUUUAUAUUUUAGGUGGUUUAGCUAGCUCUUUAUCCAGUGCUAAGUGGUUAGAGGAUCCUGUCAGUUCCCAGGUCGCAUUCCAUUUGUUUGACUAGCAUUUCAUCUUUUUCAAGUGGCUGUGUCAUUAUUUCGUUUGUUUCGUGAAUCUUAAAGCAUAGCUUAGUACUUCCAUUUGGCUUUAACACGACGCCCACCAUUGUUACACCACGCGGGUAUCUGGAAAAUCUAUCUCAUUGCUAUUGUAGUUAAGCGAAUUGCUCAGACCCUAACAGCCGCGAAUGUGCAAUGCUGUGACCAACAAUAUUUGAAGCUGGAUGCUCUCUUUACCUCUUUUAGGCUUCAACAACCAAGAGCAGGCAGUGAUUAUGUCAACUUUAUACAGCGUCUUGGAAUCCCUAUUGUAGAUAUUCGCUACACAUACAACUCUGUAAGUUGACAUUUCUAUGUUUCGUGUAAGCCGUAGCAACUUCGUUGUUAUUCAGUUGAAUUAAAUCUGACCCUGAGGUUUCGUACACAGAAAACGAGCGGCAAUCCCUUGUACCAUACAGUUCACGACAACUUUUGGUGGAUGACAAAUUUGAUUGAUCCUGAGUUCAAAUACCAUCAAGUGACCACAAGGGUAUGGACCGAAAUAACAAUGACCUUGGCGGAUGACGAUAUUCUACCCUUUAACGUAACACACUAUGGUGUUAAUAUGAAGGAAUACAACAGACGUAUCAGGAAGGACUUUGGGAUUGAUUUCAGCAAAUACAACGCCACUAAGGAGUUGGGUUAGUUCUUGUAUUUUUUUUCUCAGCUAACCCUUUCGCUCCUUGUUAUUUUGCCGAAAAUCGCCUUUUGAAGCUAGUCGAACAAUUUUCUGGCUAUAAAGAGCCAAUUAAAAACUGCCCAAAACGCCAUUUAUACUUCGGACACUCAGUUCAUGGCCUUCUUUUUCAGAAUCAAAAUAUUAGCUUCCAACGUUCGGGAAUGCACAGAAAGCAAAAUUUAAAGAUAGUUUUUGGGCUUAAAAGUGUCGUCGCAGUCUUGACUUUCACUUCGCGAUUUCUCGCCUACCUUGGGCGUUUGGUAGGUUUCAUUUCGGUGGAUAAGGUUGUCUGAAAAGCUUUUUAGGAUCGUUAGGAUCUUAGGAUUUGAUUGAAUAAAAUGUAGGUGGAUGGUGCAAAAAGAUGUUAGUGUGAAUUGUCGGGUCAAAGUUACAUGUUUUUUGUCUUUUUUCCAGCCUUGUUGGCUGAAUCAUGCUCAUUCUGGUACGUUUACAACGGACAUUGAUACGCACGGGCGGUUAAAACAAUCUUUAAUCCUAACCAGAUUCUAAAAGGAUUUGCGUAUGGAACUUUGGGAUUUAAAUUGUAUUGUUUUCCAUCUAUAGCGGCAGGGGAAAACGCAGAGAGUAUUGAGAAACGGUUGCAUUCGCAGGCUAACCGGAUACCAAAUAGUCAUGAAGAGUUCAUAGUAAUAUUGUUCAGAAUAAUAUUUUUCUCUAGAACUGUUAUAACUGGCUUUUUCGCAUCAUAUUGCAGACUAUCUUGACCAAGCCGUCGAAAAAUUCCAAGAAACUGCUAAGAACUUUGAUGACUUCGUGAAGAAAGCAGACAGAAAAGAGUAAGUAGGUCCCUUUUCUAAUGGAGCCUAGUAUAUUAUAAUUUUGCUCAGAUUCCAGCAACUUAUUUAAUAACGUAAUCCCCAAUAAACGCCACCCUGCCUAAUGAGCACUAUCCUUCUCCUUAAAGCGCAAAGCCCGGUAGCCCAUCAAGGCUGGCGCUGAAAGCACUUUUGUCAGGUUCAACGGAAAUAUAUAUCCUCAACAUGAGAACAGCUCAUGGGUUCAUUGGAGCACAGGGACAUCUUCUUAGAGUUUUUUCAGAAGAUCGUGAGCUAAACACUUGAGUUAUUUUGGUCACCUUUCCGCUGCCGCCUUUUUGUAGUUUUACGAAAUACCGUCCAUCCGGCUCAUAAAUCCCCUGAUAAAUCCACUUUUUGAGGCACAACGAUUCAAGGAAUUAGAGUACACAUUUCCUCCAUUCUUAUACGUACUUUUUGUUGUUAAAUUUUCGUUUGCCAGUGAUGCAGUGUUACGUACAAUCAACAACCGAUUGCUCAACGUCGAACGAGCUUUUAUCAACCUUGAACCCAUUCUACAAGACAACCCAUUACAGCGGUAAGUGAUUUGAGAAUAAUGUGUGAUUUUCGUUUGUUCAAUGCGCAAACUGUAUCAAAAUGCCCAUGUUUGGAAGGCUAUUUGGAGAAGAAAGUCCACAAACUGAACUGAAUUUUUCCCUGGCCGUCCUUAUUUGAACACGUUUGUUUUUCACAAAAGGGAUUUUGUCAUCAAUGUCUUUUAGUCAAUCUCAACAAUUUCUUGAAGGUGACACUUGUUGACACUAUUUGAAAUGUUCCAUUAUAGGCAUGUGGUUUUGACACACAGCCCGAGUAUACGGUAUAACUGGUACGGCGGAGUCGUUGACGCCAUUUAUCGUGCUCAGAAAGGUUUAGUUUCCCCAGAGGAAGUCAAGAAGCAAAUAGCGAUCGUGGCGUAUGGAAUAAACUCAGCUACACACGUGCUUGAGCUGGAACCGAUUAUAUAAUCUAUAGAUAUGCCUUGCAAUGCGCACGUUGGCUCUCAAUGUGAUAGACCACUACAAUACUCCUCAAAACUAGAGCUGCCUGAGGUUUAUUCAGUAAAGAAUGAAAAUGGCAGUGUAGAGUAAGCGAAAGUGAAGGGAUCUCCUCUAUGAGUAAACGCCGUAGUUAUCAGUAGAAGGUACACAUAGGUUCUAAACCGUUCUUCGUAGUUUGUUGUAACCAUCACCGUGUGAAUGCUUUAAGCGUUCUUUAGUUCGGUGAACGUUUGUUUUUGUUUUGUCUAUGAAAAUGGGUGAAACUGUUCAUGUCAAUACGGCCAUUUAAGAAGUGUUUCACCUUACCAUGUAUGUGUAAAAAUGGCUCAUGUUUGUCAGUUGUGUUAUCUUA